AGCAAGAUGCUGUUGGUUGUUUUCUUCUGAGUAAUGCACUUUGGGAUUUCCUCCCGGUGACUCACACCAGGAGCUGCUGCUUUUUUCCAAAACAUAGUAGGGCUUUCCAGAGCUCCCAAGCAGCCGUGUAAUCGCAGGUGAACAUGCCCAGUGAAAUGCCCACAGCAACUACUACGUUUUUAAGUAUGUAUUUUUUUUUAUUUUUUUUUUAAGAAGGACUCAAUAAGAGGCAGUUUCCAACCUGUGAGCCACCAGAUGUGUGCUGUAUCUUUGACUGCUUGGCUCACUGAAGGGCUCAUCCAGCACUUUUAUGAACUUGAUUUCUGUCUAAAUAACUCAUGCACAUACAGCUCGUUCGUCCCCCAGCCUGUUUUCCUCUCAGAUGACUUGGCAGUUGAUGUACUGGGAGGAAGUUAGCUGGUCAGCCCCUUUGUCAUCUGUUGUAUCUGCAUUUAGAUCAGAGCUGAGAAAUGCAGUGGAGGUAAAGGCAGGGAUGGUGGGUGAUCUAUUUGUUACUGCGACCAGGAGAAGUCCAUGUUGGAGCUCUUCUGCUCUCCUUUAUCCGCCAUUAAGGCAGUAACUUUGUCUCAUAGGAUUAAUGUGUUUCCAACUCUAGUGGCUAUUUUAAGGUCUCAAAAUGAGCCUGCGUGUCAAUAGAGGAUUGACAAACCCCCCCAGCACGCUGGACAUGCCGUCACUGUCACAGGCAGGGAGUCACAGUCAGCUGGAGCGCAGGGCGUGCUGCUGAGCAUGCUGGCUUUGUGCAUGCCUGGCGCUAAUCGCUCGCUGCCCCUUAAUCCUGCUGAGCCCCGAGCGGCGGAGGGCGGGUGGUCUCACCGCAGAGCAGCGCUGCCGGUUGUGCUGCGCCCCGGUGUCCCACCAGCCUGCCAGGGCUCCAAGCAACCUUUGCGUUUGCUCCUUGCUCUGCUUUUGCAGCAGUGUUCGGUUCAUGUAGGAGAUGCACUUCAGAGGCUUAGUCCAGACCCUAAUUCCUCACCCAGGGCUGUAGAUGUGCUUUGUGAAGUGCGGCCAGGAUGUGUCCAGUCCCUGGCAGGCAGAAGGCAGCAGCCAGCCGUACCUCUCCUGCCUUCAAGAAGGAAGACAGAUUGCGGAGAACCUGUAAUGCCUGAGGACCACCCCUCUUUUAUUGAUGUCCUUGUGACUGCUGCUUUUAUUCCUUAGUAUUUCCAAGUCAAGCAUGGAGAACCAAAAUUUCUCCAGAGACCCCUUGUGUGAGUGGGGAUGCUUUCACCUCAUGUGAGGGUGUUUGGCCACAGUCCAAAGAUGCUGUACUGCCUAAGCUGAAAGGGGGAACAAAACCAGCCCAAUACUGUACAAGUCAUCUCUUCAACCUUACUGCCGAGUCCCUUUUCAGAGGGCUGCUCAGAGCUCACAGGGCUGGUGGCAUGCGCAGAACUUUCCUCAUAGCAAUGCUUUCUGUGUUUCCCCCAUCCCAGCUUGCACCAUGCUGUUAUUCCUCCUGAUAAGUUUCCCCUGACACUCGGAUUCCUCCUCUGAGCGUGCCUUGGUCGUGCAGAGAAAUCUGCGCAUUUUUGCUCUGUCAUUCUUGACUCAGAUGUCAUUGCUGAAGCUCGAGAGAAAUCUGGUGCCAAAAGCAGCAGGGCUCUGAAGAUGCAUUUUUCUGUCGUUCCCCUAAUGACUUGCCACGAUGGGGGAAAACGGUCUGUUGCAAUGUGCGCUGUUAACCAUCUCCGAUACACUCUCUGUUUCAGGUGGCCUAAGCACAGCAGUGGGUUAUCCGCUGGACACAGUGAAGGUGAGAAUUCAGACCGAGAGGCAUUACAAUGGGAUUUGGCACUGCAUUCAGGAAACAUACAGGACAGAAAAAGUUUGGGGAUUUUACAAAGGUGUGUCUGCGUCAGUCCUCGCAGUAUCAGUGAUUUCUUCUGUUUCAUUUGGCACGUACAAAAACUUCCUUUGUACCAUCUGCAAGCUGCGAUACGGGGCUGCAGAUGCGAAGCCGUCCAAGCUGGAUAUUUCUCUUGCCGGAGGUGCAGCCGGUGCUGCCCGGGUUGUGUUGAUGACCCCUAGUGAAGUGGCUAAAGUUCGCAUGCAGACCCAGAGAAACCCACAUCCUUCCGUCACAUCUCCCCAGCCUGUUUCCAAGCCAAAGUACCGAGGAUCUCUGCACUGUCUGAAGGUGAUUGCCAAAGAGGAAGGUUUUGGGGGUCUCUACAAGGGCUGCUCUGCAUUACUCUGCAGGGAUUGCUCCUCUUCUGCAAUAUAUUUCCUUACCUAUUCUGCUCUGUGCGACUGGCUCACACCAGCUGGGAAAAAUAAACCAGGUUUCCUCAUCGUGCUGCUUUCGGGUGGUUUCGCUGGAGUCCUGGCCUGGGGAUUAGCUACUCCCAUGGAUGUCAUCAAAUCACGGAUGCAAACGCAUGAAUCAGACCAGCACAAGUACAAAGGUCUCAUCCACUGCGCUAGGGAAAGUGUGAGAAAGGAGGGUGCAAAAGUGCUUUUCAAAGGACUGGGUUUAAACUGCAUUCGUGCCUUUCCUGUGAACAUGGUGGUGUUUGUAACAUAUGAAGCUGUACUGAGACUUACAGAUCAUUAUACAAACAAAAAAUAGCUUGUGCCACUCAGUUCAGAGGUGUAUUUAGUUUAGGUAGGUUUUUUGUAACACAAUAUCCACAAACAACUGCUGGACACUGUCUCCUUUGAUGGACAGCGUAAGAAGCACGGACAUAUCAGCACAAAGCUGGAUGACUGACGGCUUUGUUUUAUUCUUCUAGGAUUACAAACUCAUCAGGGAGUCUUGGACUUAUAUACAACCUCCCUUUUAUCUUGUUAAUGUAUUUAGCCAUUUCUUAGGCCCUUGAAACAUUUGCAAAUAUUUAUGUUCUAAAAAGCUGCUAGUCUGAUCAGAGAUUUUUGUUUCUACUGGCACAGAAAAUGAUCUUCACCACCAAGGCAAAAGCUGAGGGGAGUUUGUGUAAGAUUUAACACUAUCCAGUGUGUGCUCUUUACAUGUAAUGGCUGUAUGGCAUUCACUGAGUAACUUACAUAUUUGUGGUUCAGGCUGCAACUUUUCCCUCUCAGCUGUAAUUUUGCCCAAGCGCUCUACAAUUAGAUCCCUUUGGUAGCAGCUGAAAUAUGAAUCUCCUUGCUUUUUCCUGCUAUUAUUUAAUGUGACAGACAUGCUCUGUUUACAUAACCGCACGAAUGGCCUCAUUGAAAGUGAAACCAGGCACGGUUUCCCAUCAGCCACGUGAUUUUCUCCCUGUGCAACCCUGCAUCCUACAGCAUCCGUCCCCUCCCGGAGGCUGACAGCACCACGGCUCUGCGGAGCUUGGCACAGCUUUGGAGGCAAUCUGUUCUCAUCCUGGAGGGAUGCAAAACCUCUUUGCUUCCCAAAGGAAAGGCUACCAUAAAACCUGUGCACUGGCGGGGUUAGGCAAGUUAAAAGAGAAUUGCAAAGUUGUGGAGUAUAAUUAAGAUUUACAGCUUUUAAAACGUGCGUACUCUGCUCACUUUAAACUACACUGUUAGGAGCUGCCAAAUCUUUUUUUUUUUGUCA